AUGGACGGCACUGCCAUCGUGUCGGACGACCACUUCGACCCUCCCUCGCGCCUUUUUGAGCGCCUUCGCCAGAUCGCCGGCUUUACCUGGGACGAGUCCCGGCUUCCCUUCCAUACAUCUUACGACAUCUGGCACAUUUGCGGCACCAGAUUUGUAUCUCCAUACCAGCCCUCGUCCUCUUCAUCCUUACCCGCCUCGAGUCCCGGCUCGAUCGCGAGACUACAGUCCGGCCGACCGUCGCCCUCCGAACAUGCGAGUUCCUCCAGCCUUCACUCAGGCCUACCCAGCGAUGCAAGCAGCGACUUUUCGGCCACCUCGCCGCCCGCGGUUCCCGCCGGCGCCGCAGAGAUAUCAUACGUAGAAGAGCCAGUGGUGGCUCGCGUCUCCUACCAUGUGCUCCGUGAGGAGAGAGCCUUCCACAUAGCUAAGAACCUGUUUGCCACGGCCGACCCUCAAGGACUGCACAUUGUCAAGCCACUCGACCUCAUCCGUCUCGCCCCUCACCCUGGCGAUCGGGGCUCCAUUGUGGUCGCAAUUUAUCAGCAUCCCGGCCAGAAUUACCUCUUUGAUCUGAUGGACAUGGGACCGGCAUUCUACAAGGCCAGGAAGGUUGACGACCGAUACGAGGCGUAUCGCAAACAGAAUCUACGUUUGAAGCCUCCGAUAGACCUACAAUACUUUCUCGACUUUGCCAUUGGCGCAAGUCAGUGUCUCGAAAUUCUCCACUAUGGGCAGGUGAUUACGCAUGGAGAGAUCAGGCCAGACGCCUUCCACUUCAAUAUCGAGACAAACUCGGUUAAGCUCAUCAACUUCGGCACGGGGACGAGAUCCUUCGAGGGCGGCCUGUCAAGCACCUCGUGGUCGAGCUUGUCAAAAGAAUUAGGCGCCAAGAAUAAGCUCCUCUACAUUAGCCCAGAGCAGACAGGUCGUAUGCCGGCAGAACCUGAUAGUCGGACUGACAUCUACUCACUUGGGGUCGUGUUCUGGACGUUACUCACACAACAGCCGGUAUUUGAUGGCGAAACGCCCCUCGAUAUUGUGCAAGGCGUCCUAGGGCGGAGAAUUCCCAAUGUAUCGCAAGUUCGGCUCGAUAUACCCGACGUUAUCGGGCGUAUCAUACAGAAGUGCACGGCCAAGACCGUCGCUGAUCGAUAUCACUCGGCUAGUGGUUUGAAGCAUGACCUUCUCAAGGUGCAGCAGUUCUUGACCGACGGCGACUGGUUAGCGCUUAAGGAGUGGAAGAUUGGCGAAAAAGACAUUUCGUCCUUCUUCAUUCUACCCAGUAUGAUGAUCGGUCGGCAAAAGGAGAGAGCAGAAGUUAUCAGAGUCAUUGAGCGGGUCGCCAAGAGCCAUUCGAUGAAUCAAAAGUCUACAACAAAUAACCGCUUCUCCGAUGGUUCGCAGCUCUCGGUUGAGCUCCCUGACUGCGGAGACCUGUCGAGCGAGGGCGCAAGCUCGGCAGAAGGCACAACACGUCGCAGCGGAUCCUUCACACAUACUACGUCCUCUGAUCCUAGGCAGUCAAAGGCUAGUUUUGUUCCAUCCGUCCUAUCCGACACCCAGACGAUAUCGGGCGACACCAUCGCCUCGUCUAAUUCUGGGCCGUUUGCAAGAAUGACCAGGCCGUGGGAGAGGCAAUGGGAAAGACACCAGUCGGUCUCGAUCGAAACCCGAAGUCUCAUUGAUGGUGUAGGUACGCCAACAGACAGCAACCGACUGAGUGCAGUGGAAUCAUCGUCCUCGAGUUUGUCACGUCAGCUCGGAUCAGCAAAGUUCCGUAGGCGCGGGCACUGCGAGAUCGUCCUCGUCGAAGGAGCCGGGGGCUUGGGCAAGAGCUGCCUCUACCAGUCGGUACUCGCUGAAGCCAGGCGGAGGGGAUAUUGUGCCACGGCAAAAUUCGAUACCGCGCGCCGAACUGCUUUUGGACCACUGCUUAAGCUGCUGUCGUCACUCUUCAAACAGGUGUUCGGCGAACGGAAUACGGAUACACCUUUUCACCAGGCGCUAAAGCAGUACGUUCGUCCGGUGUGGCCAAUGCUGCACAAGGUUCUUGGGUUACCGGACUUCCUCAUUGGCGCCCUAGACAACUCCGUUCCACGAUCAGUGUCCAUCACUCAAAGCAUAACUCAGACUCGGUCCAUCAGGGCAGGGCUCAAGAGGCGUGGCUCCUCACCAGGAAGCUCACCGGGUCGCCUGAACAAGCCUACCGUCAUCUCUUCGCAAGCGUCCCAGGACUUCCUACGAACUGGCGGUGCAACCAAAACCAUGCGGUUGAUGAACACCUUCCUCGACGUACUUCGCAUGUUCACGUCACACAAGUUUAUAUGCUUUGUGCUGGAUGACCUUCACUUUGCGGAUGAUGAGUCCAUGGAGUUGAUCACCCAGAUUAUUGGGGCACGAAUGAAGAUGGUCGUCAUCAUAACCUAUCGUCCAGAGGAGCUAUCACCGGAACAAGUCCAAUCUAUCAUUCAACCCCCUGAGUCCGAAGGCAAGUUUCUCGCACCUUCCAAGGCCGUCACUAAAUGCUGA